AUGUUGUGCGGCAUACACUCUCCCUCAACUCACCACCUCCUCCGCUCUUUCCGGAGUCACAAAAACCUCAGGAGCAACAAUUAUUCGGAAUUCCUCAACCGUCAGGACGACAUGUUUCACCACCGACACGUUCCAAGCGACGCCAGCUCGCUCGAUUCCAACAGCACUCGGCGGCCAUCAACUAGCAGUCGGACAACAGAGAUGUCGAUCGACUGGGAUCCCCUCCGCCUACACCCGCCCUCUCUGGCCCAUGGCCCGACUCCACCACUCCGCGAUGCCUUUGGGGAGCAGAGCUCCAAACGGUACCAAUCGCAUGAGCUGCGGCACGUUUGCUCCAGUCACACACUCCGCCAAGCACCAUCACAGCUUCCACGCUACCCAAUUUCUUCCGGCACGGUCAUAUACGAUGGCUUCGACUUUGGCUUCAACAACAAGCCCACUCGCACCACCAGUGCCACCAUCAGCAAUGUCAACGAAUCCGGGCGGAGGAGAGUUCCCUCACCAACGCCAAGCGACGCGAGCAGCGAGUGCAGCUUGAGCAUCGGCGGCGGGUCAUCCUGGUCGGGUCCGGACGACGAGAUGAUGGGUCGGAACACUGGCGGCCUGGCCCCGGCGCCCGCACCUCGCCCCCGCCCCCGCCCCCGCCCCGAAGGGACCCACCAUCUAGCCGGUUCGGCGGGACUAUUGGACGGCGAUGCGGAGUACUUCAUUCGCCGUGGGGGGUGGAAGAGGAGGGGUAUCGUGUUUGUCGAUUCGAACCCCUUGGCGGGAGAGGAGGAGACGUGGGAGAUUUGA